AUGCUAUCGCCCAGCUUGCCAUCCGAGGAGGACAUAGAGUCCGAGGAGAACAUAGAAGCCUGGUGGUAUGGCGAGGUAGACGUAUUCCUCGCUGCUGUUACCAAGACGACAGUGAUAGUGCUCAAUCCUUGUGCGGACUUUAUCCUGAACGCCGAGCUCUUGACUGCCCUUCGAAAGUCCGACAAAAGCGUCCUCUUUGCGACGGUUUUCGUUUCGCUUUCUUCCCUCUGGGCGAUUAUUGCGGGGCUUGCUUGUUGUCGUUCGCGUGUCGCCGGGGACGUUGGUGCUGCUCGAGCUGAGAUGCUGCUGUCGGGAGUACGAAUUGGUCAGCGCCCGUUCCCUAUGCGUACACGACACGCACCUGGCCUUGAGCAUAGGAAGAUCACGUCGGAGUCGGAGUCUUGGGUCGGUGGCGAUGUCCUUGUCGAUGCUACAGAUAUUGGCAAUGUGUUUGUGGCAGAUGCUGAUGUGCUCUACGCAGUAGGUCUCGAGCCCAGACAAAUCACAUCAUCGUGA